UGUAUCCAAUGGGCAGGGGAAGGCGCUAGCGAAGCUCCGGCAGGUGGAGCGGUCUUGGUUCCAUGCGCUCGGGUUGGGGCUGUGCCGCCCUCCCCGCCUGUGUAUUGGUCCCGAGGGAAACUCCGCAGCGCACCGUCGCUUCUCCUUUGAGAGCCUUGUGCCCGGCAGCUCCACGUCCCUGUCCUAGUAGCGGCUGCUGCUGCCCCGCCCUGCUUCCCCGCAGGCAGAGCACCGAAGCAUAUCUGCCGGGCGCUGGGAUCCCGGCUGGCCAGGGGCACGGCAGCUUCCUAGGCUGGGCAGCGGCUCGCCCGGCUGGUGCGGGGGUACUUGACCUGGGGGCUGGGCUGUGAAGUGUCUCCGUCCUGCGACUCCUCAGCAUCUCACCUUCUGCGUUUCUCUCCAGUGCGCCCCUCGCCCCAUCUCCCGAGGGCACCUCUGCUCUACCGGCCCCAGCGCUCUCCCGUGUCCCCGGGGUGCACGCAGAUUCUCCCCGGACCUCUCUUCUGCCUGUUGUAUGGUCGGGGACUCCAGCCCCAGGCAGCACCAUGGCUUUUGCCAACUUUCGCCGCAUGCUGCGCCUUUCCACUUUCGAGAAGAGGCGAUCCAAGGAGUACGAGCACGUCCGCCGGGACCUGGACCCCAACGAGGUGUGGGAGAUCGUCGGGGAGCUGGGGGACGGUGCCUUCGGCAAAGUGUACAAGGCCAAGAAUAAGGAGACAGGGGCAUUAGCUGCUGCAAAAGUCAUUGAGGCGAAGAGUGAUGAGGAACUGGAGGAUUAUAUGGUGGAGAUUGAAAUCUUGGCGACCUGUGAUCACCCAUACAUUGUCAAGCUCCUGGGAGCAUUUUAUCAUGACAGCAAACUGUGGAUCAUGAUUGAGUUUUGCCCUGGUGGGGCAGUGGAUGCUGUCAUGCUAGAGUUGGAUCGAGGCCUGACGGAACCCCAGAUUCAAGUGAUUUGCCGCCAGAUGUUAGAGGCUCUUGUCUACCUCCACAGUAAAAAGAUCAUCCACCGUGACUUAAAGGCAGGCAAUGUACUACUGACCCAAGAUGGAGAUAUCAAACUUGCUGACUUUGGAGUGUCUGCCAAAAACAUUAAAACUUUGCAGAGACGAGAUUCCUUCAUCGGGACCCCUUACUGGAUGGCCCCUGAGGUGGUAAUGUGUGAAACCAUGAAGGACACUCCCUAUGACUACAAGGCUGACAUCUGGUCCCUGGGUAUAACGCUGAUAGAAAUGGCCCAGAUAGAGCCCCCUCACCAUGAACUCAACCCCAUGCGAGUCCUGCUGAAGAUUGCCAAGUCUGACCCUCCCACACUCAACUGCCCUUCUAAAUGGUCCCCAGAGUUCAAAGACUUCCUGAAGACAGCACUUGAUAAGAACCCUGAGACUCGGCCAAGUGCAGCACAGCUACUGGAGCAUUCCUUCGUUAACAAGGUCACCAGCAACCGAGCUCUGCGCGAGCUGGUGGCGGAGGCGAAGGCCGAAGUGAUGGAGGAAAUUGAAGACAAUCGGGAGGAAGGAGAAGAGGAUGAAUCAUCGGAACCUCUGUCUCCCUCUGGGACUCACAAGCGAGGCCCCUCUGAGGUGAGUCAGCUGAGUUUUGAGGGAGAGAAACCUCCAGAAUCCCCCCCCCCACCGGAGAUGAAUGGACCCAAAUUGUCUGUGGAGGCGGCCAAGAAGACUGUAGACAGGCAGAGAAACAGACUCUCAGAUGAAGGGAUCAGCAGCGAGAACUCCAUGAAAACCACCAGCAGCUCCGAGUCGUCCGGGACGGAGUAUAGCAGAACACCCCUCAGCAUCCAGGAAAAGCCAGUCACCAACCCCCAGUCAGGACUGUUGGAUGACAAGGUUAAUCCAAUGGAGGAGAGAAGCCGCCAAAGCAAGCACCUGGAGCCAGUGAACAAAGAGCGUAAGAGCAUUGGGAACUGGCCGGAGAGCAGCCACCUGGAAAAUGCGGCUGGGGAAAAGCUUGCCAAUGGGAAUUUGGAUUCUCCUAUUCAGUUUGCCAGCAGUAGGUCCAAGAGGGAUUCGGAUUCUGGCAGCACUUCUGCUUCGGAAAGCAUGGACCUCACCACCUCUCUGUCUGCUGAUCUGUCCCUUAACAGGGAGAGUGGGUCGCUGUCCCUGAAGGAUUCCAGGAUACACAACAAGACACUGAAACGGACCCGGAAGUUUGUGGUAGAUGGAGUGGAAGUGAGUGUCACCACCUCCAAGAUCAUCAGCGAGGAUGAAAAGAAAGAUGAAGAGAUGAGAUUCCUCAGGCGCCAGGAGUUGCGGGAGUUGCGCCUGCUUCAGAAAGAGGAACACCGGAACCAGACCCAACUGAACAACAAACACCACCUGCAGCUGGAACAAAUGCUGAGGCGCUUUGAACAAGAAAUGAUGGCAAAAAAGAAAUUCUUCGACACUGAGCUGGAGAACCUAGAACGUCAACAGAAGCAGCAGAUCGAGAAGAUGGAACAAGAUCACUCAUUACGCCGGCGGGAAGAGGCAAAGCGCAUCCGUGCUGAGCAGGAACGAGACUACAACAAAUUUCAGGAGCAGCUUAAGCAGAAGAAGAAGGAGGUCAAGACCGAAGUUGAGAAGCUUCCCCGGUAUGCGCGCAAGGAGAGCAUGAAGGUGAAGACAGAGGAAUUUGCGCAGAAGAAGCAAGUCUUGGAACGAGAGUUUGUAGUCAAACAGAAAGAGGAUCUGGAGCUGGCCAUGAAUAAUAUUACUGUGCAGAACAGGAAGGAGAUCUGCGACAAGGAGCGUGAGUGCCUGAACAAAAAGCAGCAGCUCAUGAGAGACCGAGAAGCUUCCAUCUGGGAGCUAGAAGAGCACCACCUACAGGAGAAACACCAGCUUAUCAAGCAGCAAUUGAAGGACCAGUAUUUCCUCCAGAGACACGAGCUGGUCCGAAAGCACGACAAGGAGCGAGAGCAAAUGCAACGGUAUAACCAGCGAAUGAUAGAGCAGCUGAGGAUUCGGCAGCAGCAGGAGAAAGCUCGUCUCCCCAAAAUCCAGAGGAGCGAAGGGAAGACCCGCAUGGCCAUGUACAAGAAGAGCCUCCACAUAAACUCCAGCGGGAGCAUGUCAGAACAGAGGGAGAAGAUAAAACAGUUUGCUCAGCAGGAAGAAAAGCGGCAGAAGGCAGAGCGGCAGCAGCAGCAGCAGAAACAUGAGUUCCAGAUGAAGGAAAUGAGUGCCCAGUGUGAGAGCAACGCGAACGAACUGCAGCAACUGCAGAAUGAGAAGUGUCACCUCUUGGUGGAACAUGAGACCCAGAAGCUGAAGGCCCUGGAUGAAAACCACAAUCAGCACCUGAAGGACUGGCAGGAUAUGCUGAGGCCACGGAAGAAGGCUCUGGAGGAUGAGCUGAACCAGAAGAAGUGGGAGCAGGAGGUGUUCUUCAGACUGAGCGAGGAAGCAGAUUGUCAGAUCCCAGCAUCCCUAAACAAACCUGUCAAGUUCGUUCCCUUCAGCUCUGCAGAGUUCUCAUAACGCCUGGAUCCGGGCGGGCCAGCGAGCUAGCUGGCACUCGCUCUACCUUGAUUAUCUGUGGACAAGCAACUCAGGACUGCAGGGACCCGCUCAAUGACACGCCAGCCUCCCUCAGGGCAGUUCCCUUCUGUCUCUCUGCUUUGCCUGAGAGAAAUAUGGCCUCCUCCCACUUCUGUCUGACACUGUGGGAGAUCAGCUUGAUUUCUGAGCAGAGGUGGCAUUUCCUGGGACUGGCUCACUGUGCCAGAAGAGCUGCAGUGACUCUCCCAGCAGGGAUAGCUGGCAGGGCUGUGCCCAUGAUCCUACUCAUGCUGUCUGCUGAACUCUUUACCCUGUGGAUGAGACUGGUGCCCAUGCUAUGUCCAAUCCUAGAUUGGCGCAAUAAAUGCUACGGACAUGAGAAGUAUUAGGGACUCUCAAACACUGUCCAAAGUGGUUGUUUAAACAUCCCUAUUCUUUGUGGCUACCUCCUUCCCCUUUUUGUUGCCAGGGCAGUGGUUGGGUGCAGUUUGUCAGCAUUAGCAUUGUGUGAUGCUACCCUGGCCUCCUGGAUCCGUGAGGCCUACAAGGGUUCAGAUGGUUUUCUUACAAAACGCAAAGCAGAGUUACCUGAGUUUUACUGUGGUCUCCAUCUCCCCUAUUUGCUCGAAAGGGGUUCAGCAGUUUUUCCUCCCAAUUUAAACCCUGGGGGACUAGCUUGGCUCCCCCGCUGAAAUGUCUCUGCGUUUCCUUUGUUUGCCCUGGGAGUUGAUGUUAAAUGGCACAGCUUCCUCUCAGGUUCCUAGUCACUCUGUGUCACUCGCUGAUCCCGCAGGACUGUGUGGGGUAUGGUGUCUAGGAAUCAUACUGCCCUGUGGCACAGGGCAGUAUGAAGCAUCACAGCUAUGCUGCUAGGCCAGCCUAAAACUCUUGCCUCCUAAGAAAAGUUAUGGUUGGAAGGAGGAGCAAGGAGAGGUUCAUGGUUUUAUUCAGUUCUGCAGUUUAACACACCGAAGUGUCAGUAGUGAUCAUGUGCCCUUUGUAUCGGGGGAUUACUGCUUCCAGAAAAUACUUUUAUCAGCCCUCAGAGCUGUGCACAAACUAGAGGUCAGAGAAAGUGCUGUGCAUUUUUGGAGCAUGUAGGCCAGGCCUUUGCAACACAGAUUACUUGCUGCAAAGCUUGGUUUCAAAAGAUUCAAACUGGCAAAGACUUGGCAGUCUGGCUCUUAAAUUGGUGAUGGGGAAGAUGGAAUUGACAGCUCCGGCUGGCUUGUAGCUGUAAAGAGUAACUUCUUCCAGAAGUGGUGCCUAAGCUCCUUAAGCAAAGACCUUGCAAAGACUUGUCACGACUUUAUCUCACAUUCUCUUGGCUUCCUGCCGAGGGUUGGGGUUGUACAAAACUAGAUAGGGCAGUUGUACCUCAAGUUCUGUCUACCUUUUUUCACCCAUGUCCACACGAUGCUGUGAAUCAGUCUCUCACUCUCCAUCCCCAACACACACAAAUUGGCACCACGAUGGUCUACAUGUCUGUUUAAUUGUCACGAAUGCAUUUUGCAGUAGUGCCUGGGUAGGAAUUAAGUUUCCCUUAUCCAAGCCUAGGUACUGCCAAUCCUGAGAAGUCCCAAGGUAUCCAGACUGCGGCCAGUCUCCUUUAUACUGUUCCAAUCAGCAGAGUAGCAAGCGAAUCUUGUGUUUCCGAUACAGCUGUUUUCUGAUUUUGACAAGAGCACAGAGUUGCUGUAGUGUACAAGAUGCCUUGAUAUGUAGCAUUCUCUCCCUUGUGAGACUGUCUGAUCACAAAACAGCAUGUGGUAACAGUUAGCUUUUCCUUCCUUUGGUCUAUGUGCCACAUUGUCAUUUGAAGCUUAGAUUGUAUCUUCCAAUCAUGGGAUCCUUAUUAAAAAUAUUCCACCU